AUGCUUCUCGCGACCGCGCGCGUUCGGGUGGCCGACAAAUUCGGAGUCCUGCACGCCGUGCGCGCCUUGGUAGAUCAGGGCUCCGAAAUUUCGCUCGUGGCCGAAUCGCUCGCGCAGCGUCUGCAGCUGGUCCGCGCACCUACCUCCAUCGCCAUCGUCGGCGUUGGCGGACGAUCAACGGGCGCUCGGGGCCAGGUUGAGCUCGCGCUCUCGCCGCUGCGGGACGGCCCGCCCUUGCGAGUCUCGGCCUUCAUCCUGGACCGACUGACGACGACCAGCGGCGGCCUCCGUGCAGACCGGCACUCCUGGCGGCACCUCGACAACCUGGAGCUGGCCGACCUGGACUUCUUCGCCGCCGACCCUGUGGAACUUCUCCUCGGCGCUGACGUCUGCGCGGACAUCCUCCAGCCAGGUGCCGUGCGCGCCUUGGUAGAUCAGGGCUCCGAAAUUUCGCUCGUGGCCGAAUCGCUCGCGCAGCGUCUGCAGCUGGUCCGCGCACCUACCUCCAUCGCCAUCGUCGGCGUUGGCGGACGAUCAACGGGCGCUCGGGGCCAGGUUGAGCUCGCGCUCUCGCCGCUGCGUGACGGCCCGCCCUUGCGGAUCUUGGCCUUCAUCCUGGACCGACUGACAACGACCAGCGGCGGCCUCCGUGCAGAUCGGCACUCCUGGCGGCACCUCGACAACCUGGAGCUGGCCGACCCGGACUUCUUCGCCGCCGACCCUGUGGAGCUUUUCCUCGGCGCUGAUGUCUGCGCGGACAUCCUCCAGCCAGGUCUCCGCCGCGGAGGACGCCAGCAACCUGUGGCACAAAGGACUACGUUGGGAUGGAUUCUAUCGGGCGCCGUCGGCGUCGCGACCGCUGCGCGGACCGCCCGCACCUACCACUGCAGAGGAGACGACGACCUCCACUCCCUGUUGCAGCACUUCUGGAAGCAGGAGGAAGUAGACGCCACCGCAGCGCCACUCACCGCCGCCGAGAAGGAAGCCGAGGAACACUUCGCCCAGACGCAUUCGCGAGACGCAAGCGGCCUCUUCGUGGUCCGUCUUCCGCUCACUCCGCCGCUGCCAGACCUUACGGGAACGAAGUUCGCUGCCGCCCGCCUGCUCGAGCAAAUGGAGCGGAGAUUCACCCGUGACGAACAGCUGCGACGCCUGUACUCUGCCUUCAUGCAGGAGUACGAGGACCUGGGGCAUAUGUCCCCCGCUCGGCCGGGCACAGUAAUGCCCUCCGAGUGCUUCUUGCCGCAUCACGGCGUGAUGCGCAAGGCAAGCUCCUCAGCCAAGAUCCGGGUCGUCUUCAACGGCUCGUCGACCGUGGCGUCCGGCGCGUGCCUCAACCAGCACCUCAAGGUGGGGCCGAACCUCCUGCCUGCCUUGGACGACGUGCUGCUGCGAUGGCGCGUGCACCGAUUCGUACUGGCGAGCGACAUCAAGAAGAUGUAUCGCCAGAUUCUCGUCGCUCCUGAAGACCGCCACCUGCAAAAGAUUCUCUGGCGUCACGGCGACAAGACGACUCCGAAGGAAUACGAGCUGAACACGGUCACUUACGGCCUGGCAUGCGCCCCGUUCUUGGCCAUCCGCUCCCUUCGGCAGCUCGCCAGCGACGAGGAUGCCUUCUUUCCCCAUGGAUCAGCGGUUCUGCGCCGAGACGUCUACGUGGACGACAUCCUCACGGGCGCACCCACCAUCGAGGAAGCCAUGGACCUCCAGCGGCAGCUAACGGAGCUGUGCACGGCGGGCGGGUUCCCGUUGAGGAAGUGGUCGGCGAACGACCCCCGCCUGCUGGAUCACAUCCCGGCGGAGCACCGGACUCACAAGGGGAGGGCCAAGUCUGCAGACCGGCAAAGUAAAGGAAUUCUACAACGCCGAAGUGCGAAAGUUCGCGGAGAAACGCAGUGA